ACCACCUCUAAUUGCAAACGGACAGCUGUGGCGCUGGCAUGCAGGCUAACGUUAGCUGGCUCCCUAACAGUCAGUGGACUGUCAGUGCUGUAAACAUUAGCUAACCAGCUGCACACAGUUCAGCAGCUUUCCUCCGCAGAGCACGGGAGGAUAAACGACGUGACUGUUGGACAGGUGGUAGCUUCGGCCCGAAAGUCGUGACAGCAUGGCGGCCGCUGCAGCGCCAAUGUGGGAUGAGCACCAGGCGUACGAGGAGCUGCUGUACUGGGACAGUCUGAUCCAGCAGGGACACCGGCUGCUCCCGCAGGAUUUUGACAGGUACGAGGAGCUACGUUACUGGUACGACUGCCUGUGCUACGAGGAGGAGCUGAGACAGUACCAUGACUACAUCGCAGCUGUUGAGGAGAUUGAGGAUAAACGACAUUAUGAGGAGGCUGCAUCCCCUCAGGUGCACAAGGGACCAUAUGAUCGUCACGUGAUGGCCAAACACUCAGAAGUGUAUCCCUCACCGGAGGAGCUGGAGGCGGUGCAGAAAAUCGUCUCCCAUGUGGAAUGUGCUCUGAAGACUGUGGCUGACCAGAUGGAUACUCCAGAAAACAGCAAAGAGAAUACAGAAGCACGGAGUAGUGAUUCAGAAGAGCGUGUCCUGCGUGGGGUCAUGAGGGUCGGCCUGGUGGCCAAAGGGCUCCUGUUGAAGGGAGACAAGGACCUGGAGCUGGUGCUGCUUUGUUCCAACAAGCCGACUGUCACCCUGCUUGAACAAGUGGCUGAAAAGUUAACUGCACAGUUAGAGGCUAUUUUAGCGGAGACAUAUACAGUAAAGCAGUGUCCAGGGGAUGCAGCCAUUGUUGUGACAAGCACGAAGGAGUCAGUCCUGACUCUCACUAUCCACCUGACAUCACCUCUUGUCAGGACGGAGCAAGAGAGUAAAGCUGCAGAAGAAGAAGAAACGCGAACAGUCAACGAUCCGCCGGACGUUCUGGACAGGCAGAAAUGCCUAUCUGCCUUGGCGUCUCUCCGCCACGCCAAGUGGUUCCAGGCCAAGGUCAACAACCUGAGUUCUGCCGUUGUCGUGAUCCGGAUCAUGAGGGACUUGUGUAACCGUGUUCCUACCUGGACGCCACUCUCAGGAUGGCCUCUUGAACUGCUGGUAGAGAAGGCUAUCGCUACAUCUGAGCGACCAAUGGGAGCAGGCGAGUCCCUCCGCAGAGUUUUAGAGAGCAUCGCGUCUGGAAUCCUCUUGGAAGAUGGUCCUGGGAUUAAAGAUCCGUGUGAGAAGGAAGCAGUUGAUGCCACUGAAAAGCUAACGCCACAGCAGCGUGAAGACAUCACACAAAGUGCUCAGUUUGCCUUGAGGCUGUGUGCAUUCGCACAGAUGCACAAGGUGUUGGGCAGAGACUACAAACCUGUAAAGCCACGGAAAUCGGUGGGAGCCAGUGGCAAAGAUGGCACAGCCCAGAUAGCUCCUGCUGGACACUUCAGCCUGCCAGCUAAGAGACCUCACGCUGAGAUGGAGAAAGAGGAGGAGGAGCCCCAUCUCAACAGCAAACAGAGGAAGUUUCUCAAGUUCCAGAAGUGCUUUCAGAGGAAAUCAUUUACCGAGGAUUUUAGCAUGAAUGCUGUGAUGCGUCUGAACCAGUACAGACCUGGCCUGGAUUACCGGCUCACGUCUCAAACUGGCCCAGUGCACGAGCCCGUCUUCACAAUGGCUGUGGACUUAAAUGGGAAAACCUAUGAGGCCACUGGGCCCUCGAAACGAGCUGCCAAGCUUAACGUAGCCACCAAGGUCCUGCAGGAUCUCGGUCUUCCGACAGGCUCAGAAUCUAAAUCAGAGUCCAGUGGCGACGCUGAAGGAACCCAGGAGUCAGUAAAAGCUGCUACCACGACCUCCGCUGCAUCAGAAGAUAGCAGUCAGGGUCCCAUCUUGACCAAAAACGGCAAGAACCCUGUGAUGGAGCUAAAUGAGAAGCGUCGCAGCCUGAAGUACGAGCUGUCUGCAGAGACGGGGGGCUCCCAUGAAAAGUGUUUUGUCAUGGAGGUGGAGGUGGAUGGGCAGAAGUUCAAAGGGAGAGGCUCUAAUAAGAAGGAGGCGAAGGCCUACGCUGCCCUCGCUGCUCUGGAGAAGCUGUUCCCAGACGACAAUGGAGUGUCAAACACUAACAGGAAUUCUUCAAAGAAGAAGGUCACCUACACCGACAUGCACAUCCCGGGCUUCGGUACCAUUCGUGGCAUUCCUUCAGACUCCGGAUCCCGUGGCUGGGGUCCCAGCAGAGGUCGAGGCAGGGGCCGAGGCAAACAGUUUCCUUCAGGACCCAGCUAUAACAAGACUAACUACAGUUAUGAGAGCAGCACUGGCACAGGCUAUCAUAAACUCUAUGGUAAUAACACAGCCAGCACCACAGCCAGAGGCACCGGCCCUACGGGAUCAGGCAGCAACAUUGGCUACGGCACCUUUUACCCUGAGAGCAGCACCACCUACUCCUCCCCGCCCGUCUCCAGUACCAACUCGAGCGUCACAAAGGGAGAAAGCUACCAGUCGAUGCCUCCUCCUGCCGAUCAGGAGAGUCCCUACAGCUACGGGUACGGAGACGAGAAGAAGAAGAUGCUGACACAAGGUCAGAACGAGAGCCAGGGAGGAGACUACUCUAUGUACAGCACAGCUUACCCCAGCUCAGUGACAGGGGGCCAAGUGUAUAAUAAUUAUGGUUGGGGAAACCAGUCGUCCUGGGGGAAUCAGCAGGAGUAUGGGAUGUACCAGGGCUUUGGAGGACAAAGCCAGGGCUCAUAUUCUGGAUAUGGCGACAUGAAUUACUGAUCACGCCAUCAUGUGCAGCCUUUCUCACCUCACUAUGCUAUCUUUUGACUCUGAUUGUUCAGGCUCGAUGAUGAUCCUGGGAUACCACUUCCGAGUGCUUGUGUCGUCUCUGAAACUGGAAUUUUGCUGUGUUUGUUUUGUAACUAUUCACUUGUCUGGUAAAAGCAGUUUUAGUUGACAGAUGCAAGUUUAUGAUUUAUUGACGUCCCUGUUUUCUAACUGCUACGGGCCUCAUUAUGUCCAUGUUGACGUGUAAAAAAAAAAAAACACAAAACCAUACUUGGUUUAUCAUUGUCUUGUUUCUUGGACUGUUGUGUUUUUUUAAUCUAGUGUACUGGUUCUGUAUCAGUAUUUGAUUGAUUUGAUGCUGCUUGUAGUUUGGAACUGAAGAUUUGUUUAUUUGUGUCACAUAACAUGCUCUAUUAACUCUUGUAAAAUAAAUAACUCUUAUUUUGGA